UUAAAGCAUGAAGUGUCCACAAAUAUUUAAUGAGACACUCAGUCCGGGACGAUGAUCAGUUUGUGAGUGAACUCCAGGUGUGAAUGAUGGUGAUUUUGGUGCUUUUUCUCGCGUUACAACUCUUCGGCGGAGUGUUAACCGGGCUUCCCUAUGCCAAUGACUAUCCCUAUGUGAGUUACGGAUACGAAAAUGGGGCUCAGGGAUCAUCGGAUGCCAGUGGUUUUGUGCAGAAUACCCUCUCGGACAAUGGAAAUAAUCUCAAGGCUGCUCAAGAUGUCUCAAAGUUCUACAAUCUCGAGAACAUUUCCAAUGGACACACCCUGAAUCACGAAAAGCAAGGAGUCAGUUCUGACAGCCUCAAGCACACCACAGGCGAGGACUUUGAAACUGACAAAAAGCACAAUAGGAAGCACGUAAAGUCAGGAUUCCACAAUUCCUACCACAAAGACGAAAGUGGCAGCAACAGCUCCUACUACGAGGAUUCCGAUGAUCGUGGAGGAAAGCUCGUCUACGACAAGAGGCACGGAACAAAGGGAGAUGCCCAUGAUUCCCAAUAUCGCGAGGGAUUGAGGGAUGGAAGCUUGAGAGACAAGUAUGACGAUCGCUACGGAGGAUACGAUAAUCGUGGAACUCACAACAGACAUCAUUUGUUGGCUGAGGAUCAGGGAAAUCGCCUUGGGCACAGGGACAAGUACAUCAGGGGUCAGGCUGAGAGGUACGAAAUGGUUGACGAUGGAUAUGGAAGAAGACCCUACUCAAUUGGCGUCAAGGAGAACUACGGGAUGUACAGACCCCUGGACGACAGACGACCUCUGUAUGAUGACUUCGGUUCCGCCGGUGGCCAGGCACUGUAUCCACCACCCCUGAGGAAUCAUCAGUUGCCCACGGGGAGCCUGACGCGUCCACGAGAGGAUGGCUAUUUUGCACGUCACCGAAUCACGAUUUAUGAGGACCCCAGGGAUAUGCUGGAAUCAAGGGGAAGACUAGAUUCAAGACGUCCGGAUUUUGUGAGUUUGGCUGCCGGAGGCGAAGGCGUUGCCCCAUUCAGUGCACCCAGAUUGGAUUUUCGACCCAGUCCAAUGCGCUACCGGGAUCAACUCAAUGAUGACCGAAGAGAUUUGCGAUUCAGGGACUUUUAAUCAUCUCCCUCCACAAUCCAUCUCUACGCCAAUUUAAGUUUUUUUUCUAUUUUUUUUCUAUUUUUUUUCUUGUAUAAGAAGUUCAUUUUAAAAAACAAGAAACGGGGCAAAUAAAGAAAGUCUUUCCGUCUCAGGAGAGAUUUCAGGUGAAAGGUACAAUAAGAA